GAGUGACUUUCAUAGUGUAAACGACGGCAGCGGGUACUUCGGCAGCAAGGCAACUUUGACGAUUAGAAACAAAAAAAAAAGAAAAAAAAAAACAAAAAAAUACAUCAUCAGCUGGCAAGCGAAAAAAAAACAACAAAUAAAUUGUAAAAACAAAAAACAAAGAAGAACAAAUCAACAUUUCUGCAGAGCACAGAACGCAAGCAAGAAGCAGAUACUCGAAACACUCAAAGCGGAUUUAUUAGCGCGAUGCAACACCCACACAGCCACAUGCGACGGAUACGACAUCUCAACAUAUUUCUGCUGCUGCUGCUCUACUUGUCACAGAUCAAAGCUUGGCGGCCAUGUCCAGAGCUCAGUCCGGCAUUGCGUUUGCCCUGCAGGUGCAAUGUGGUGCCAUUCGCGUCGACAGGACAGCUCGGCGCGGUGGCGAUGGACUGCGAUCGUGUCGUCUUUCAUGGUGAGGCGCCGCAACUGCCGUAUGGCGCGCCGAUUGUCUCCUACUCGCAGCGUCACAGCGGUCAGCAAGUUUUACCAUCACAGAGUUUUGGCACACUGAAACUACCCAUCGAGGAGUUGGAUCUGUCGAACAAUCUGAUACGACGCAUACCAGAGAAAUCCUUCCUAGGUCUGAAGGAGUCACUUACUGAGCUACGCUUGGCGAAUAAUCUACUGGGCGACAGUUUGAAUCCGAUAUUCUCCACCGCCGAAUUUCAUCCACUGAAAAAUCUCAAAACGCUCGACUUAUCUGGCAACAAAAUCAAAUCCAUCGAAGAGGGACUGCUCAAAGGCUGCACCGACUUGAAGGAUUUCUAUGUGGAUCGUAAUUGUUUAUCUGCUGUCCCAUCCAACUCGCUUAAUGGACCAAGUGCGCUGCGACUUCUUUCUCUACGUCACAAUCAUAUAACAACACUCCGUUACGAAGCAUUCAUAGCGCAGCCUCAACUGGAAAUCGUCGAUCUGCGCCACAACGAAAUCAAAACGAUCGAGGGACUGGCAUUUCAAGGUUUACGCGCCGUACGUGAAAUCAAAUUGGCCGGAAAUCGCAUUACCAAUUUGAAUAGUGACGUUUUCGAGCAUAUACCCACUUUGCAGAAACUAGAUCUCUCCGAGAAUUUCAUACCUCAAUUCCCAAUUGUGUCGCUGGCCGCAAUCGGAAAUCUAAAAUCACUGAAUUUGUCCUCGAACAUGUUGCAGCGUUUGGACUACACGCACCUGCAGGUGGUUAAGACCUUGGAGGUGUUGGAUUUGAGUCGCAAUGGCAUUACCACCAUACCAUCGGGCACAUUCCGUGAUCUGGCCGCGCUCAAAUAUCUCGAUUUGAGCUUGAAUUCGCUGCGUACUAUUGAGGACGAUGCGCUGGAGGGUCUGGAUAACCUGCAAACGCUCAUCAUACGCGACAAUAACAUUUUACUAGUACCGGGUAGCGCUUUGGGACGUCUGCCGAGCUUGACUACAUUGCAUUUGGACUUUAAUCGCGUUGCCGCCUUGUCAAGUGAGAUUUUGGGCUCCAUUAAUGCCGAGGAUAUCACCGCCUUGACACUGGCGCGCAAUGUCAUACGCGAACUACCGACUGGCAGUUUCCAAACCUUUGCCAAUCUACGCACACUCGAUCUGUCCGGUAACUCAUUGGCUGUCAUAAGCGCCGACAUAUUCUUGGGUUUGGAUCAAUCGCUGAAUGAAUUGAAGCUUUCACAGAACCGCAUUACAGGCUUGGGCGCAACACCGCUCGCCUUGACCGAACUACGUAGUCUCGAUUUGAGUGGCAACAACCUCGCCGAUCUGCCACGCAACAUCUUCCAAGGUUUGGAGAACUUGCAAUCUCUAAAUCUCAGUGGUAAUCAUCAUUUAGCGCCUUUGCCGGCGGCGCUUAUAAGACCACUUUCGCGUCUGCAAGUCAUUGAUUUGAGCAACUGUGCGCUCAAACAAAUGUCCGGCGAUCUGUUUGCCACACUGCAGGACCUCAAGCACAUCUAUAUGCACAACAAUAAUUUACAAGAAAUCAACGAUGGCAGUUUUGUUGAUCUCUGGAAUAUCACAUCCAUCGACUUGUCAAAUAAUCAGAUUACUUCCAUCAGACCCGGCGCUUUCGUGAAUGUGAUGAACCUCAAGCGGCUCAAUCUGCGCGACAAUCAGUUGUCGGCUUUUAAGGGUGAAUUCUUCAAUACCGGCACUGGUUUGGAGGAGCUCGAUAUUUCGAAUAAUCAUCUCAGUUAUCUUUUCCCCUCUUCAUUCCGCAUACAUCCGCGUUUGCGUGAAAUCAAAGCGUCAAACAACAAAUUCAGUUUCUUCCCCGCCGAACUUAUUUCGACGCUGCAAUAUCUGGAGCACGUCGAUCUGUCACACAAUCAACUCAAAUCGAUAGAAGAGUUGGAUUUCGCGCGUCUGCCAAGACUGCGUGCGCUGCUCGUCGCUUACAAUCAAUUGGAUAUGCUCAGCGAGAUGGCUUUCCACAACUCAACGCAGCUGCAAAUUGUCGAUUUGUCUUACAACAAUUUGGAUCGCAUCGGUGAGCGUACAUUCGAGGGUUUAGUGCGUCUGGAGAUGCUCAAUCUGGAGGGCAAUCAACUGACUGAACUCUCCGAUUUGAUAUUUGAACGUUCGAAAUUGCAAAUGCUCGAAAAUAUUAACUUGGCUAAGAACAAAUUCGAUUAUGCGCCACUUAAUGCGCUGCAACGACAGUACUUCUUCGUCUCAUCGGUUAACUUGAGUCAGAAUAAAAUACGCGCCAUACCUGCCGAUGACACUAUUAUGGUAAAUAUCAAGGAUCUGGAUCUAUCAUACAAUCCACUAAGCGAGGGUGCUGUACGCAAUAUACUCAACGAACCGAAAACUGUGCGCUCACUUAACUUAGCCGGUACUGGCAUUGCUCAUCUUGAUCCACUAGAGACGCCUUUCUUGCAGUAUUUGAAUCUCUCGCAUAAUAACCUCAAAACAAUCGAUGCUGGCAUUUUUCAACGCACAACUCUACUUGAAACGUUGGAUCUGUCAGAUAAUCAAUUGGAGAGCCUAAGUGAACUUGCAGAUGCUUGGCCCAAAUUACAGUCGCUAAAUACUUUAGAUCUUUCGAAUAACAGUUUUGAGGUCAUCUCACAAGAUAAUUUCGAAAACCUGGAUAUGCUACGUGUGCUGCGACUCAAAAACUUGGCGCAAGUUAAUCGCAUCGAGAAGAACGCUUUCAAGCACAUGCCAAAUUUAGAGAAACUCGCGGCAUACGAUCUACCUUUACUGGGCUACCUCGACGUGCAAGGUAUACUCGAGCUGUUGCCUGGCCUUGAAGAGGUCGACUUGGAAGUGAAAGAUUCAACUAUAGGCACAGAACAGAUACAACCCGCUAAGCAUCCGAGACUUAAAACGAUAGGCAUACGUGGAGAUCGUCUAAAGACUAUUUCCUCCGGCACGCUAGCCGGUUUGAAGAGCAGUGAUCUCACCAUCAAACUACAAAACACCUCGCUCACAACGUUGCCACCGGCUUUACUCUUCCCUGUGCCACGCUCUUCACACCUAACACUCGACAUUACCGGCUCCAAAGUCACCGUAUUGGUGCCACAAUUCCUUACCGCACUGGAGGAUCGACGCUCCAGUCUGCAACUCAAGGGACUUGCCACCAACCCGAUACACUGUGACUGUAACGCACGUGCUUUACGCCGCUGGUUACCCAACUCACAUAUGACUGAUGUUGAGUGUCAAUCACCCGCCUUCCUGGAGGGUAAGAAACUCAUCGAAGUCGGCGAUGAUGAAUUGACAUGUGACCCACGACGCAUGACCUCCACCACAGCGCGCAGCACCUCACAAUAUAUGUUGAAAUCAUCGUCACGUCUCGUCACACGUCCCACCACCACCACCACCGAAGAGCCAAUGAUCAUCUGGAGCUUGGAGCCCACACAAACGCCACCGAUGAAAAUCAAAACCAAAGCACCGCUCAUGAAGGCGCCCAUUAUGAGUAACGACGACACACUUAUCAUCGGUAUUGUUGGCGGUGUGGUGGCCUUCAUAGCCAUACUCAUCAUCAUCAUAUGCAUUGUACGUUUGCGCAUGAGCAAUGUGGAGUACCACAAUGGACCGGCCAUGAUCGGUAUACCGCCAAUGCCAAUGGGGCCGGGUAGUGUACCAAUGAAUUUCAAGGGUGCCCCAACGGCACUCUACGCCGUGCCACCAUACGCCACGCAGAAUUACGCCACGUUGCCACAUAAAACACCUUCCAUACACCAGUCCACACAGAAUCUGACGCAACGCGCUGCCACACAAAAUGGACAAAACUCAUAUUCCACCAUGUCACGCAUGUCGUACUUUGGUGGCACACAGCAACAGGCCUCACCACAGUCCAAUGGCCAACAGCCGUACAUUAUCUAUUCGGAUGACAAAGUCUAUAGAUAAGACCGUAAGGGGUUAAUGUGGCGGUGCAAGCAAUUUACAUUGGUGUUCAAUCGCUGCUGAGUGGUGAGACUGCCGCUAGCAAGCAUACAUACAAACAUUAUACAUAAAUACAUACAGACAUACAUAUGUACUUUCAGUCAGUUGUGUAACAUUUACGCAACGUGUUUAUAGUCUUUUGUUUUAUUUUUUAAUUGAUUUUGAUUUUGUUCAUUACAAUUUUUAUUUCUUUUUGAAUUUUUUUUCUUAUAAAAAUAAUAAAAAUUUAAUCAGUUAAGCGUGGACAAGUUGUAAGAUUGUCUUCUAGAGUUAAUUAUAUUAUUCUUAUUUUCAUUAUAGUAUUAAGGAAGAGUAUUGGAUCGAGUGUACAUCAUGUACAUAUCAGUCUAUCUAACGGUAAUGAAUGAAAUUCGGUUCUUCGUCUAUUAUAUAUAGUCAAUUUAAAGCACACAAUUAAAUGUAUUAUUAUACAGGGUGGUACAUUUACUGCUAAGUGACAGCUUGUUUAAAAUAC